GGGAUUUGAACGUUAUUAAACCGUGUUAUGAAAAAGAUCGGUUAUGAAACUGUUUCACAACAGGACAGCACGCGCAGCCAAUCAAAACCGUGUCGCUUCGUCACGUGGUUUUAUUUAUGUAACUUCAGAAUAUAGCUCUGCGCGGCGGAGAACAAACGUUAAAACUGUCAUUAAAUAUUCCUACAAAGGUUCAGCUGAUGGAGUCAGUCGGAUUAAACCAGAACAAAGCCACGUCUGUCGGAAUAAAGCGGUGAGAAGCUGUUCAUCACGCACAACAUCAGGAAGCGUUACUUUUUUUUCAACAAAGACUGAAAUGUGAACUACAUCGGACAGUUUCCUGAAACCGGAUUCUUUUAUUGUUUGAAAAAAAGUGUCGAUUCGGUGUUAAAAGGUUGCACUGGCUGCUCCGACAGGCUAUAGUUUCUGAGAAGCUCAAAAAAAAAAAAAGUGGAUCUGAACUGACACCUUCUUCAGACCGGCUUAAAGAACUGCAGUCAAUCAUUUCGCCGGGGUUUUACAUGAAAACUCCACUUGUCAUGGAACAUCUGGAGUGUCCCAUCUGCCUGUUUCUUCUGUGUGAACCAGUGACGAUGAGCUGCGGUCACUCAUUCUGCCGCCGGUGCAUUAUGGGAAUCUGUGCGCCGUCCAGAUGCCCAGUCUGCUCGGAAAGGCUAAAGCAGACUCACGCAAAAAACAUAAGAAACAACGUUUUGCUCUUCUCUAUCAUCGAGAAAUAUUGUCCUGAGGAAACCAGGACGAGAUGCGAAAUACAGGAGAGGCUGAGGGCUCGCGACUUUCCCAAAGCACUGUGUAUGGCUGAAGACAGGAUGGAGACAGUUGCUGAUGAUUUGAGUCUGAAAGUGUGGAGAGCAGAGGCCAACAUAGGGCUCCUGUGCUUUUCUGAAGCUCUACGUGACCUGGAAGAUUUGUGCUGUGCCAGGCCCAACUGGACUGAGGCUUUCUUCCGAAAAGGGAAUGUGCUGCUGGAGAUGGGGAGACGGACGGAAGCUCUCGUGCAGUUCCAUCAUUGUCUAAAAAAACAGCCCGAGUUUGCUGCUGCUAAGAAUCACAUUCGGAAGAUCUUGGAUAUGGAGGGUAUGGCCACACCAGAAGAAGUGUCCCAGAUUCUGCAAAUUGUGGAUGACUAUCUUCAAGACUGCAGUUCUCAGACGAAUAAUUCUGGUUCUCCACUGAGUGAGAGUCUGAAUUUACCCUGGAACCAACUUGACAAGACUGUUAAAUGUGAGCAGCAGACUACAUCUCAAGUCAAGCCCAAUUCCAGUACGGAGUGUUGCUUGAGCCUGUGCCAGCCUGUGUCUUUCCUUUCCACAGCCCAGGAGUGUGAGGAGCUGAUGGUAAAGAAAGAGGAUAUACAGAUGAGAGUGGAUCAGGAGACAUGCCCUCUGACUGUGUCUGACUUUGAGUGCCCCCUCUGCAUCAGGCUGUUCUAUGAUCCUGUUACAACACCAUGUGGCCACACAUUCUGCAAGAACUGUAUUGAGAGAAGUCUUGACCAUAAUCUCCGUUGUCCACUCUGUAAACAACCAUUGCAGGAAUAUUUCAAGAAUAGAAAGUACAACCCCACGGUUCUGCUGCAGGAGAUUAUGACCCAUCUCUUCCCCCAGCAGCUGGCUGAGAGGAAACAGGUGCAUGAUGCUGAGAUGGCUGAGCUUUCAAAUUUGACCAAAGACAUUCCAAUCUUUGUGUGUACUGUGGCCUACCCUGGUAUCCCAUGCCCACUGCAUGUUUUUGAGCCACGCUACAGGCUGAUGAUGCGCCGAUGUAUAGAGACCGGCACCAAGAAAUUUGGCAUGUGCAACUAUGAGCAUGGCAAAGGGUUUACAGAUUAUGGCUGCAUGCUGGAGAUUCUGGACCAGGAUGUGUUCCCUGAUGGCCGCUCUUAUGUGAACACAGUGGGAGGAAGCCGAUUCCGUGUGCUCCGGCGAGGCCAGCGGGAUGGCUAUCACACAGCUGACAUUGAGUACCUGCAAGACCAUAAGGCACAUGAUGCUGAGCUUGAAAUGCUGCAGUGCCUCCAUGACAGUGUGUAUCAGCAGGCCAGGGAGUGGUACCAACGGCUCAGUAGCCGCAUCCGAGAGCAGAUCAACCACCAACAUGGAGACAUGCCUGAGCGAGAGGAUAACAUUCAGGCAUCUGCUGAUGGUCCAGCAUGGUGCUGGUGGCUGUUAUCUGUGCUUCAGUUGGAUCCAGCCUACCAGACAACAGUUUUGUCCCUUACCUCACUGAUGGACCGAUUAGGACAUCUGCGCAUUGUAUUGGAGUACUUUUCUCAGAGAUAGGAUGGGUGCACAUGCGCAUGCAUGCACACACACAUGAACGCACGCACGCACGCGCGCACACACACACACACACACACACACACACACACACACACACACACACACACACACACACCUCUGUGUCCUUCCACUGCCUUGGAGAAAGAGCACAUUUUUGCUGUACUGGUAAUUCUAGGCACAGUUGGUUUGGGUAUUUGGUAUACUUCCAAAUACAAUGGAUUUAUUUGCUUCUGUCAUUGUUUAGCUGAGCAGUUAAUUUAGAAACAGCCAAUAAUUCAGGUUAGAGGUGUGCACAGGGAUUGGGGUCCCACAAAUCAUGUGAACGAGCUCUUUAUUUAUUUAUUUUUUAACUUUUAUGCAGGUGGUCAAAUAUGAAGUUUGCAGGACACAGAAAAGCCAUGUUGAUAAUUAACAUAUUGGGUUUUGGCAUGGCAUUUGUUUAUAUUUGGGGAAAAAAUGACAAAGCUAAUUAGAAAAUAUUGUGAGCAGGUGCAAAAAAGUAUUGGAAACAAUAAUAAUAAUUGCAGGUGUGGGCUUACAAUACAGCGCACACCUGCAAUUAUUAUUAUUGUUUCCAAUACUUUUUUGCACCUACUCACAAUAUCAGUUGGAUCCAGCCUACCAGACAACAGUUUUGUCCCUUACCUCAUUGAUGAACCGAUUAGGACAUCUGCACAUUGUAUUGGAGUACUUUUCUCAGAGAUAGGAUGGGUGCAUGCGCGCGCGCACACACACACACACACACACACACACACACACA